AUGAAGCGGCUACUCAAAGCACGUUUUUUACCACCGGACUUUGAGCAACGGCUAUUCCAACAAUACCAAGAGUGUCGACAAGGAGGUCGGACCAUCCAGGCGUAUGUUGAUGAUUUCUAUCGCCUAUCUGCUCGGAAUGAUCUCAUGGAGACAGAGGAUCAACAAGUUGCAAGGUUUAUUGGUGGACUGGGUGUGGCAAUACAAGAUAAGGUUUCUAUGCAUCCUGUCUUUACUUUGAAUGAGGCAGUUAGUUUGGCAACCCGAGCAGAGAAGCAACUGGAGAGGCCUAAAGCAACAACCUGGGAGCGAAACCCGAGCGAUUCGACGAGACCAACGCAGGGUCGAGGAAAACAACCUCUAGUCUCGACUGUCACACCAAGUCAACCAGUGACUUCCACGGGAAAAGGAGCCAGUAGCAGUUCAGGUACCUCGAGACAACCAGCCAACAAUCCAUACGCACGGCCCAGUCUAGACAGGUGUUUCAAAUGCAACCAACCGGGACAUAGGUCGCAUCAAUGUCCCCGAAGGCAGAUGGUAAACUUGAUCGAACCCGAGCCAGAGGAAGGGUCCGAGAAUGGAAAUAUUGAUACACCUGAGUAUGAGGAAGAGGAGUUGGCUGACGCUGAUGAGGGAAUCCCACUUUCCCGAUCCUUAGUAAUUCAACGUUUACUCUUGACCCCAAGGCAAGAGGAUCAAUCUCAAAGGCACAAGAUUUUUCGUACUCGCUGCACAGUCAACCAGAGGGUAUGUGAUGUGAUAAUUGAUAGUGGUAGCGGGGAGAACGUAGUGUCUAAGGAGAUGGUUUCGAAGUUGGGUUUGAAAACUGAGAAGCACCCUGCUCCAUAUAAGAUCGGAUGGAUCAAGCGGGGAACCGAGACACUAGUAACCGAGAGAUGUCGUUUCACAUUUUCGAUCGGUAAGCAUUACUCGGAUUCUAUUUUGUGUGAUGUUGUGGAGAUGGAUGCAUGCCACUUAAUCCUGGGAAGACCGUGGCAGUUUGACGUGAAUGCCCAGCAGCAAGGAAGAGCCAAUGUCUACACUAUCUUUUGGAAUGGUCGGAAGAUAACAUUUCGACCUUUACAGGAAGUCGAAAAUUCUACUUAUUCUAAGGGAAAGCCGGUCCUCCUAUCCACUGGAUCAGAAUUUAUAGAAGAAGUUAAGGAGGCCCGAGACAUCAUAGCAUUGGUGACCAAGGGAACCCCGGGCUUCGUCUCACAAGAAGUUCCUGAGAUAAUGCGACCGAUGUUAGAAGAAUUCCAAGACAUCAUGCCUGAAGAGAUGCCCGAAGGACUGCCGCCCAUGAGAGAUAUCCAGCACUAUAUUGACUUAGUGCCGGGAGCAAGUCUCCCGAACUUGCCACAUUAUCGAAUGAACCCAAAGGAGAAUGCUAUUUUGCAAGAGCAGGUAGAGGGGUUAAUUAGGAAGGGACACUUGCGAGAGAGUAUGAGUCCAUGCGCAGUACCGGCCCUACUUGUACCGAAGAAAGAUGGGAGUUGGCGAAUGUGCGUGGAUAGCCGGGCAAUAAACAAGAUCACGGUCAAGUAUCGGUUUCCAAUUCCCCGAAAAGGUGACAUGUUUGAUAUGCUAUCUGGGGCUAAGAUUUUUUCGAAGAUUGACUUGAGGAGUGGAUAUCACCAAAUCCGUAUACGACCGGGAGAUGAAUGGAAAACUGCGUUCAAGACUAAAGAGGGGCUUUAUGAGUGGAUGGUGAUGCCUUUCGGCUUUUCGAAUGCACCAAGCACUUUCAUGCGACUCAUGAAUCAGGUACUGAAACCUUUUAUCGGAAAAUUUGUCGUUGUCUAUUUCGAUGAUAUUCUUAUCUAUAGUCGCAACCCGGUGGAUCACAUGGAUCACGUGAGGAAAGUGUUGGAGGUUCUCCGUGAAAAUAAGUUGUUCAUCAACUUAAAGAAGUGUAGUUUCAUGAUGGAUCAGUUACUCUUCCUCGGAUUUGUAGUCGGUGCCGAUGGAAUCCGAGUGGAUGAAGAGAAGGUGAGAGCAAUCCGAGAAUGGCCCACACCCAAGUCAGUGGGAGAAGUAAGAAGUUUCCAUGGGUUAGCAAAUUUCUAUAGAAGGUUCGUUCGGAAUUUCAGCAGUAUUGUAGCACCGAUCACCGAGUGUAUGAAGAAAGGAAAAUUCAAUUGGGGUGAAGAAGCUGAGCGAAAUCAGUAA